UUCAAAAGCACAGGAGAGCGGUAUACCAGCUGUGAGUGCUAAUCUUAAUAGGAUUUUUCACACUCAUAAUGAGGUUUAAAACAGUGUGCUCCUAUUUCCUGAACCCUUUAAAUGGAUUGGCGUAUUUUGCUUUUCCUCAGCCUUCCUGCUCCAGUUUGUGCGACCUGUCUGAAAUAUGUGUUGCUUACAUUGAACAACCCUUCAGUGUUUGGUAUAUAUGGAUCUUCGUGGUUGCCCUGUUAAUUUUGAUGGUGCGUUGCAUGGCUGCCUGCUGCCUCCAGUGUUGUGUAAAGAGACAAGCAAAAUUGUCUUCUAGAAAUAUGGUUACAGUAGUCUCUCUGAGUGGCUCAUGUUCUAUAUAUGUGACAGAGUCUUCCCAGUGCCCUCACCCUCAGUCAUGGUCCUCUCAUCGAACUUCAGAUUCAUCUGCUUCUUCUGCAUCAGUUGGGGAAUUGGAGUUAGGAGCUCCUCCUUCAUAUGAAGAGUUGUUCUCCAAUAAAAUAUUUUGAUUACAAAUGUGAACAACAUGUCUAGUUUUGCUAAACAUGUUUGUUCCCCCUGAACCCUUUUGUUAAAGGAACAAGCUAGAUUAAAGUAAAUCAAUGAUUAUAUGGCUUACAAAUUGAUUUCUAGAAUGUGGUUGUAAG